UACAGGACGUUUUGGUGAUUUGUCCGGAACCACAGCAGAGGAUUCACGUCGGUGCAAACGGAGGCCACUAACUUCCCACCGUUUACACGUUUACACCUUGCGACUUUCCCGGGCGAUGCGUCUGUAAGAGAAGGGAGGGACACGAGAACAAUUUCAAAUGGGAGACAAGGACAGUGUGGAGAAGUACCUGGAGAACAAUCCCCAGUUCGCCAAAGAGUACUUUGACAAAAAGUUGCGCCCUGAAGUGAUCGCGACAACGUUUGCAGAAAAUCUCAAAGAUCAGUCUUCCUUCAAUGAUGUCUCCCAAAUUCAGGAGGCCAACAUCAUCUAUGAGCUGGUCAAAGAAAUGCAAUCGCAAAUCAUUAUGGAAAAAGUAUUGCACAAGGUCCUGCAGAGAGUUUGCUUGAUUUUGAACGCAGACCGGUGCAGUUACUUUGGUCUUCGAGCUAGAAACGGAAUACCUGAGCUUACAACGACGCUCUUCAAUGUCACCCCUACCUCCAAAUACGAAGACAACCUUGUCAACCCCGCUAAUGAGAUUGUGUUUCCAACCGAUAUGGGUGUAGUUGGAUACACAGCACAUUCCAAAAAGAUGCAAAACAUUCCGGAUGUUACAAAGAAUAACCGCUUCAGUGACUUUGUGGACAAGCAGACAGGAUACAAAACCAAAAACAUGCUCUCAUUCCCCAUCAUGGCUGAUAAGGAAUGCCUUGGUGUUGCCAUGGCACUAAACAAAAUUGGGGCUGAAGAAUUCUCAAAAGCCGAUGAGGAAUUCUGGAACAAGUACUUGGUCUUUGCCCAAGUCAUUGCCACGCAGCAUCACACUGCAUACAUGUUCAACGUGGAAUCCAGGAGGAGUCAGGUCCUUCUGUGGUCUGCCAGCAAAGUGUUUGAAGAGUUGACAGACAUUGAGAGACAGUUCCACAAAGCUCUGUACACUGUCAGAAUCUACCUGAAUUGUGAAAGAUACUCCGUGGGCCUCUUGGACAUGACCAAAGAGAAGGAGUUCUACGAUGAGUGGCCAGUGAAGCUGGGAGACGUACCGCCAUAUAGUGGACCAAAGACCCCCGACGGAAGGGAAGUCAUCUUCUACAAGAUCAUCGACUAUCUCUUAGAAGGACCCAAAGAGGAAAUCAAAGUCAUACCGGGUCCUCCUAUUGACCACUGGGCCCUGGUCAGUGGUCUCCCCACCUACGUGUCAGAGAACGGCUUUAUUUGUAACAUGAUGAACGUUGCCGCUGAUGAGUACUUCGCCUUCCAGAAAGAGCCUGUGGAUGAGACAGGUUUCGUCAUCAAGAACGUCUUGUCCCUUCCCAUCGUUAACAAAAAGGAAGAAAUUGUGGGUAUUGCCACUUUCUUCAACAGGAAAGACGGUAAACCAUUCGAUGAGCACGACGAACAGAUCACUGAGGCCCUCACCCAGUUCCUGGGAUGGUCGGUGCUGAACUGCGACACGUACGACAAACUGAACAGAAUGGAGUGGAGAAAGGACAUCGCCCAGGAGAUGCUCAUGUGCCAGACCAGAUGCACCAACACCGAAAUGCAGAGUAUCCUGAACACAAAGGAGAAGUUUGAUGCCGAACCAGAGGACUGUGACCAGAAAGAGAUGUACAAACUCUUGAGAUCAAACUGUCCUGUGGCCAUAGACGUGGACCUGCUGCUGUUCUCCUUCAGUGACUUUCCUGUGACUGAGCACGGCCUCAUCAUGUGUGGAAUUCGCUGCUUCUUUGAGCUGAACGUGGUGGAGAAGUUCAAAGUGCCAGCAGAGACCCUGACGCGAUGGAUGUACACUGUCCGGAAAGGUUACCGUGACAUCACCUACCACAACUGGAGACACGGCUUCAACGUGGGCCAGACCAUGUUCUGUCUUCUACAGACUGGCAGGCUGAGGAAAUAUUACUCUGACCUGGAUGCCUUUGCCAUGGUGGCUGCUGCAUUCUGCCACGAUAUUGACCACAGGGGAACCAACAACUUAUACCAGACAAAGAGUGGAUCGCCUUUAGCCAAACUGCACGGCUCCUCCAUCAUGGAGAGGCACCAUCUGGAGUACAGCAAGACGCUCAUGGCUGAGGAGAGCCUGAACAUCUUUGUGAAUCUCCAGAAGCGCCAGUUUGAGACUGUACAGCACUUGUUUGACGUCUGCAUCAUUGCCACUGAUCUGGCCUUGUACUUCAAAAAAAGAACAAUGUUCCAGAACAUUGUGAACGCCACUGAGCCAAUGGAAACCGAGAAGGAGAAAAUUGAUCAUAUUUCCAACAACCCAGUCAGGAAGGAAAUUAUCAUGGCCAUGAUGAUGACAGGUUGUGACUUGUCUGCCAUCACCAAACCAUGGGAGGUCCAGAGCAAGGUGGCUCUUAUGGUCGCAGCUGAGUUCUGGGAGCAAGGUGACUUGGAAAGGACCGUUCUCGAUCAGCAACCCAUUCCCAUGAUGGACAGAAACUGUGCAGCGGAGUUACCCAAGAUGCAGUGCGGUUUCAUUCAGUUUGUGUGUGCGUUUGUAUACAAGGAAUUCUCGAGGUUCCACGUAGAGAUCACCCCCAUGUUUGAUGGGCUGAACAUCAACCUAAAGAACUGGAAAGAGCUGGCCGACAUCCACGCCGCCAAGAUGGCGGCCAUUGAGGAAGAGAAAAAGAAGCUUGAGGCACCUCCAGCAGAAGGGGCCCCAGAAGGGGGAAAGUCCAAGACCUGCACCAUCGCCUAACCCCCUGGAGUGUACCCCAGUCCUGGCCGUGUGGCUGAGGAUCCCUGUGUGCAACAGGCAGUCAGUGGGGGAAACAGUGUGAAGUUGUGUCCCUGUGUGGACUGACUCGAUCGCUUCCCCUCAUUCUCAGGACUUGAUAAGCCAAUCCUGAUGGCUCAACACACUCAACACAGAUGUACCAGCAGCUGGUGCAUUACCAUAUCUGGACAGCACACUUAAAGUAGAGCAUAUCUUUCACAGAUAACUAUAGGUACUACUUAAUCGACAACUAACAUAAUCCAAGUAAUGAAACGAACAUUACAUCUGCUAAAUGGCAUAUACUGUAUUGAAAUACUAUUUAUUGAGACGUAUUCUGCGUUGGGAAAUAAUUAACUGUACAUUUUUAUCCACACUGAUGGUCCAUAAAGAUAUGAGGGUGAGAGUUCAGUGGACAAACUUUUAUAACUGAGCUGUUUAAUGAGAACAGGAAUACUGUUUGAUAUUUGAAUACUCAUCUCUGGAUUUUUACGAACAAAUAUGAGUACAAAUGAUAACACAAACUGUAGAAAGAGAGCGACAGACACUGUUAAUUUAGAAUGCUGUGCUGUAAGAGCACAAACUUCUUCCCAUAACUCAAACUGAAAAGGCAAACGUGCUACUGUAUUUUAGCAAGUGACAAUUGACUUUACCUAAGGUUAAUAUAGUAGCAACGCUGAAAAUGUGUACACACUUAUGAGCCUUGUGAGGGUAUAUUUGUGUUAAUAUGCAAAAUAUGGAUUUUUUGAUUGUCAGAUUUUCUAAUUGAUGUAUUUUAAGACUCUUUAGAUCGUGUGAACUGAUUAUAUGGUUCGAAGUCGCGUUUGAGCAUCAGGUAUCCAUUGCAAACUGUAUACAGUCGUGUUCAAAAGUUUUGAGAAUGACACAAAUAUUAAUUUUCACAAAGUCUGCUACCUCAGAUUUUAUGAUGGCAAU